AAUAGAAAGAAUCUGGUCAAGUUGUGAAUAUGUUUGGUUUGAAAUAGCUCAAACACAUGUUACAACAUGUACACAGUUACUAGUCAUAUAGAGAAAAAAAGUACAGAGAGUAGCCAAAUUAAUACAUAAAUUCACUCUAUAAAUUAAUUUAUGGAGUAAUGGUCUGAUUCAUAUAAAUAGGAGAAUACUUUCAAACUGAGUUUCACUGGUGAUAAUCAAAUGUUAUUUGUAAACCCUGUGUGAUUUGAUCCCAAAACAAUCGCUAUAGCUCAUAUGUGUUCACUUCUUGGUGUUUCUGUACAUGUGAAACCUAUGAUUUCUCGUUUAUCUACAUCACCAUUGUAUAUAUUUCACUUAUUCAUUAUGAAUGUACUUCCUCAUAUACUCGUACUAUACUGUUGCAUAGUGUAGCAACUUGAACCGGCAUAGAUUUGUAUGAGAUUAUAGACUAUUUUAUCUGGACUCUGUUCAAUUACUUCAAACAAUAUAUAUAUUACUAAAGGAAUGUUUGAUUAACACUUUCUUUAGCCUUGGGAGGUAAACGCACGCAAUCUGACUGAUGAAUUCUUAAAUGCUUACGAAGACUUACUUGGAAAUUACUAUAUAGAAAAUAUGGACCGUUACUCUCAUAUCCUCACUGUUGAUGGUUCUACAGUGGAUGUUUACGAUGAUGAUGAUAUCUAUAUUAUUGCACAAAAUGCCACUGAAAUUGACUUAAGUGGUCAAUAUUUAAUGCGUGAUGAUUACAAACUUCUUGAAUGGCGUCUUGCUUUAAGAUACGCAAGUAGUCUAAUAAAUUCCAGACUCGAUUUUUCAAAUGCUCAUGAAAAAUUUACAAGAGUAUUUGAUCAAGUAGAAUUUCCUAUGGAUUUAAAUGAAUUAACUUAUACUUAUGAAGCACAAGAAUUACAAGGUGCAGCUAUUCAUAUGGAUCCUCGUACUUGUAUACCACCGGCAUAUAAUCCAAAAUAUAAAAGUAUACUUGAAAUAAUGUUUAAUCCAUGGAUUAUAAAAACUAAUUUCAGGGCUGAUCUACCAAAAAAUUAUAUUUGGAAGUAAAUAUAUUAUUGUGUUUUAUUCUUUAUAAUAUACAAAACAACAUUUACCAUAUUGAAUUGAAUAGUGAAUAAUCUGUUUAUUCCACUGAUUCUGAUGAUUGAAUUAACUUCAAUUCAUUGAUUGAGACAAUUGGGAAUAUAUAUAUAUAUAUAUCUAUACCUUUUAGGUAGUAUGUAUACAUCAUCUAUAUUGUGUUGCCUGUUUAAACACUUUCGAUUGAAUGGAUUUUCAUCUUUUGUAUGUGUUGUAUAGAAAUAUGAAAUGUUUAGAAUAGAAAUUGUUAUAAUGCUCA